CUGAGGAGUUGUACUUUUCAAAAAUUGUCAACAAACACGAUAUGGCAUUCUUUCCUAUACAGAAUCAACUGCAGUUCAAUCUAGAUGUUCCCAGUAAUGUGCAGAAUGUGGCUUUCAAAUUCCAUCGACCAAACCCCAUAGUGAUUGAUAAAGGAGGAGGGCCCCCAGGAGUUAUCUUUCCUGUCGGUCAUGCUGGUGUCCAUGGCCCACCAAAAGGGGGCAUUCAUGAUGUUUCAGGAGGGCUAAACUUGUCUUCCAUGUCGGAAGAUAGAAUGUCUAUAGCUAUGAAACUGGCCCAGAGGGAUAUUCGUAAGAAAAGAGAAGAAGAAAAUAUAAAGAAGCAACUUGGAAGAACCAGAACAAAAUCACGCUCUCCUUCUCCAAAGACAUUUGGGAAAACAAAAGUGAUAAGAGAUCGAGCAUCAAGAGAUAGGAUGCGUCGCCAACCUGUGAAAAGCAAAGCCAACUUAAAGAUUAAAGAACAUGACAGGAACUGUAGUCCAAAGAAUGCCAAAACACAAACCCCUCCCAGAUUGUCACGCCCAGGUGGAGGGCGUGUGCCGGACUUGUCAAUGCCAGUAUCAUCACAGUCACCACCAUCAAGGGACACAGACUUCAAGCUCUACCCUGUUACACGGACAACUCCCUCUACCCAACCAGAGAAAGAGAUAGAGAGACUACAGCAUGAAAUGGAGGGUUAUCUACAGCAAAUUCAGAUUAUAGAACAGCGGGCAAUGAUUGAUCAAAACACAACUUUUUUACAACCUUCCUCUAAACACCGUCCAAAAGUUGGGUAUCUUGAAGUGGAAGAGGGAUCGGAGCGAAAGCAUGUGCGCAUGGAGGAGUUGGCAACACGCACUUCACGCCAGCUCUAUAUGUUACGACAACAAGUCCGCGAGAUGCAGAAUGAGUGUAUCCGCCUUGGACCAGAGAAAAUAAAGCACACAAAGAAAAGUCGGAGCUCAGCACGACUAGCAGCAGCUCACCGUGGAGCUGUGCGAGCAAUCCAGUCAUUCGUUGCUAACUUACCCCACACUGAUUUAAGUGGAGGCCUUCCCGCCACCUACCAUGAGCUGGCCCUCCUCAUACGCCAGAUGACACUCCUCAGUAACCAGAUGGCUUCUGAACAGUCCAGUGUACAGGCUGACCUGCUCAAGAUGCUUGACAAGGUGGACGAUCUUAACAAAGCAUGGUGCAAAGAUUUACCAGAGAAGGAGCCAGCCAAACCUGUAGUUACCAAGACUAGGGAACAACCUCGGGUUCCUCCCGCUCGUCAAGACCCCCAACCAAGAGGUCGCCCGGUGCAGAGGAGGGAUGUAGGCAAAGAAAACAAACCCAUGAAAGGAAUCAUCAAACCAUCUACAGCAGGAUCUAGGAAGGUAGAAAAACCCAGAAAAGUUGUAAUGGAUGGGACACCAGACAGGAAAGCAACAAUGAGAGCAGGUAUUGCUGCCCUGGUGGAAGCUGGAGAGCUUAAGAAAGGUAGAGCAGGGAUGGCUUGGGAAGUGUCUGGACAUCAGCCAUCACAGGCUGCAGCUAAAAGUCUCAUCCUCCCAGCCAAAUUACAGGAGAAGAGAGCCCGUGCUCAGAGGGCUACGGUCCAGGUAAAUAGCGACUGUCACUUCGCGGAUCCUACUGUGUCCUCAAAUCUCAAGUCUGUAACCCCUCAGCAUAACCUUGUCAUGGAGCGAUCCUUCUCUGCUCCACCCACUCCCUCCAGGAGAGGGAGAUCAGUAAGUCCUGGACAACAACGGGAGCCAUGGCGACCAGGUGGCACUGGCCGUACUCCCUCUAAAGGAGGAAAGAGAAGAACCCGCUCACAGAGUCCCGCUCUACAACGAUGUCACCUCAUCCAGGACAUGCUUGACGGAGACUUAGUCAAAACUCUAUUUCCUGAUGACAUGGAACACAUAGAAAAGAAGAAGACUCCAGUCAGAGGCAGGCAGCUGUAUUCUGCCACUUCACGACGGGAAAGGUCAUCACGGUCACACAGUCCAACAGAGAGACUGGUUGAUAACGCUGAGAAAGCCAUCCAGAGGAGACUACAGCCCUUACUGGACCAAGCAGAGGAGAUAGCUUGUCGUCAGGAACAGCUUCUGGCUGCAUCUGAUCCAACUUUCAGACAGGGGCUUGCAGACGAGAUCACCAAUCCCGAGGAACGGAGAGACGUGUUGACGGAGAUGAUUCUCCAGGAUGUUAUCACAGACACAGCAGAGGAGUUUCAGGCUCUGGAGCGACAGGAACGGGCGGAGAAAAAGGCUGCAGCACUUCAGGACCGUCCCACUCUGGAGAACCUAAUGUAUAAGCUUGAGCAGAUGGAGGAAGAACGCCAUAGCAUAAGACGACGGUGGGCAACAGUACAGUUCUCAGAGACAGAACCUUUAACCAAACGUACUAUUAAAGAUCCUGGUCGUCCUUUAGCACCUGCUGCUAUGGAGAUCACAAGGCACACAGUACCUCCACGUACUGUCCAGAAAAACAUGCACAGGGAAUUCACAAAAAGCAGAGAUGAUGAGCCGAUCAUAUUUACAAAAAUGAAGUCUGAAGCAAGAUUCACAGAAUUCAAAACGGGAUUUCAAGCAGGUUUCGAUGAUGUUCCUCUUAACGAUUCUGCUUAUGAAAUGAGAAGUCGACCAGAAGUACAGAUCUCAAUACCCAAGCGUGUACGGGAAAGAAUAAUGUCUGGAGUGGAGGCUUACGAGAGGUAUCUGAAGAAGACCUCUCACCAGCGCAUUGGAAAAUUUGAUCCCUGGAGGCUGAUGGAAGAGGUUGCUGACCACAUUAUGGAUGAAUGUAUGGCUGAUAUUUCUGUGGAGUUAGAGGACUUGAAUGAAGAUAUUGUCACUAAUGUGUGUAAAUCAGAGUUUUUAAUACCAAAAGAGUCCGGGGAAAGUCCUCCAGCCUCACCUCCCCCCACCUUGCCAAGCCCUGCCCCUAGGGACAGCCCUUCUAUGGUGGUCUUUAAGGAUCAGCCUGUACAUUUCUCUAUACCUUCUGUAGACGAGGAGACAAAUGUAAAACAGGUAGAUGAGGAUAGCCUGAAGAAAGUCAGUUACAAGUAUGAGGAUUCUGAAGAGGAUGAUGAUGACGAUGAUGAUGAUUUUGAAGAUUAUGAAGAUGAUUAUGAAGAUGAGGUUUCAAUAUGACCUGUGAAGUUUGAUAACAUCUUGGAUACUCGGUGUGUUUUGAUGUUAGUGUAAUGUGAAGAUUUAAUCAAGACAAAGGAACAAGGUCCUAUUGAAAUUAUUGCCUUGACCAACAGUGAGAAACCAAUCAUAAUACAAAAUUACAUUUGACUUCUCAAAAAGUGUAGGCUUGUGUGAAUAUCUAUUGAGAUCAAUAGUGUUUGAUUGAAAUCACAGCUUUUGAUAUUAUAAGAAAACAUAUUAUUGAGCUUUUCAAGAAAUUAGGAAACAUUUUUCAGUUAAAUGUAUCGAAUUUCAUUUGAAAAAGAAGAACUACAAAAUAUUUAUAUCCAGUUAAAAUUUCAAAUUAUAUUGAAGUACCAGUAAUCAGCUGUUGGUAGAUAUUGGUGCAAAGGGAAUCGAUACCGAAGGCUUAUAUACUAUGGAUCUGUAAUAAAAAAAACUGUGAUAUUUUGUAUAUAGAUUAUAUCUGUACAUUAUGUGCAUAUUUAUUUAUUUUGUAUAUUUGACAGGUAUUGUAGCAUGUACAGGACACAGUAUAAAUCAUUGUUAAAUAAGAAUAUGUAUUGUGAUAUCUGACUGUCAAAGAACGAACAUUUCUAUGUAAUGUGUAUUACAAAUUAUAGACAGUCCAGUUGUUAAGGUCUAUACAUGCAAGAAAAUAAUUCCAUAAAAACAAAGUGGAAAUAAGUGGUCUGAAAAAAAAGUUAUCUGAAUGCUAAAUAUUAAAAGUGUUGACUUGGAAACAUAAAACAUCAAUUAUGGGAACCAAACUCUCUACGAUAGAGAACAAAUUCUUUGCUGUAGUUAUAAUAAGCCAGCUUCCUCCUGCUGUAAUUGGGGUACAAGACUACAGCGUUGAAAGUUUGUAGAUAGUCAAAUAUAUGAGUCUAUUCUUCAUAAUCCUACAGUAGUUGUAAUCAUGAAUUGAUGAUAAACAAAAGGUUUCAUAUAUAAUAAAUGAGCAUUUGUUACAAA